CUCUUCACUACGCACACUCAUACUCGGGGAGUUGGAGAUCGAGACCCCGACCACUUCCCGACACACCCCCACCUUCAACUGCGAUUUCCAAUGCAUCGGCACUUGUACCUUUCGACAUUGUUUCUUGGGUGUUAUCUCCGACCCGUCAUCACUGCCUUGUUUACUUGCCGGGGAAACUGGAGUAAGCCUCCAUCUCGGAAUUUGUGUGGGACGCGAAUAUAUUACUUUGCAGGGCAGCAAAACUGAAAGCACCACAGUGAUCAGCACCAUAACCUCCACUGACAGAAAUCUAGCUCAAUCAAUAUGACUACCAACGGCACAAACGGCGCCAACGGCAGCAAAGCCUCCCUCUCAGCCUUCGAUACCUCCUCCACCAUCCCUCUCUGGCUCGAUGGUGAGCAAGUCACACUCUCCUCUACAUUUGACGUCGUCUCCCCUGUCGAUCAUAAGACAUUGUACAAGUGUUCUGCAGCCGACGAAGAGGAUGCGCUCAAGGCGAUAGAAUCGGCACAGAAGGCUUUUAAGACAUGGUCGAAGACGAAACCCGGCACAAGGAGAGACAUUUUUCUUCGAGCAGCAGAAGGAUUCAAAAAGAGAAAACCCGAGCAGGCGCACUAUGCCCACACUGAGACAGGCGGACCGGCGUCCAUGACUGACUUUGAACAUGGCCUUGCGUACGAAGCGUGUCUGAGCGUCGCCGGUCUGAUCCAGCCUGCCCUGACUUCAUCAGCACCCGUCGUCCAGGAUGAAGGUGCCUCUGCACUUGUCGUCAAAGAGCCCUAUGGCGUUGUCCUAGGUAUUGCGCCUUGGAAUGCUCCUCAUGUCCUUGGUCUGCGCGCUUGUUUACAACCAUUAGCCAUGGGAAAUACCGUGAUUCUGAAAGGUCCCGAGGCCGCACCCGCGACAUAUUGGGCCAUCGCCGGGAUCCUGCAAGAAGCCGGCCUCCCAGCAGGCUGUCUGAACACACUCUACCACCGACCCGCAGAUGCGGCGAAAGUCACCAGCACGCUGAUCAACCACCCGGCCAUCAAGAAAAUCAAUUUUACCGGCUCCACGGGCGUGGGAUCUAUCAUCGCAUCUAUGGCCGGCAAGCUCCUGAAGCCCACUGUGAUGGAGCUUGGCGGCAAAGCCCCGUCAAUUGUCUGCGACGAUGCCGACAUCCAGCAUGCCGCCCUGCAGUGCGCGCUCGGCGCUUUCAUCCAUGCCGGACAGAUUUGCAUGGCGACAGAACGUAUUUUCGUCCACGCCAAAAUCGCAGACGAGUUCCGCGAGGCCCUGAAAGGAACGAUGGACAAAGUCUUUGGCGAGGGGGGCAUGGACGUGCCACAGCUGGUUACAUCGGCGCCGGUCGAGAAGAACAAGAAACUCCUCGAUGAUGCCAUCUCGAAAGGUGCAAAGGCAAUCUACGGCGACCCCAAACACCACGAGGAAUCUAAGACUAAGAUGCGACCUGUCAUUAUCGAGAACGUCAAGCCGGAUAUGGACAUCUAUUUCACCGAGUCCUUUGGGCCGACCGUGUCACUGUAUAUCGUCAACUCGGACGAUGAGGCGAUUGCCAUUGCCAAUGAUACCGACUAUGGUCUGAGUAGUGCCGUGUUUACUGAGGACCUGCGUCGCGGGCUACGUAUUGCCAGGCAAAUUGAGAGCGGGGCGGUGCAUAUCAAUAACAUGACUGUUCAUGACGAGGCGGCUUUGCCGCAUGGUGGUGUCAAGAAGAGCGGUUUUGGGCGGUUUAAUGGUCUACCGGGCUUGGAAGAGUGGGUGAGGACAAAGGUAAUUACGUGGAAAGACUGAUAUGUUCAUCCCUGAAUGUCGUUGUUGGGUUGCAAAUACCCUGUCGACCGGGACUUGGGUCAGGGUGGCUGUUCAUGUAUAUGAUCAUACUAUGCACUCUCUAUGCGAAGUUCGUGGUGCAACGUAUAGUCCCACUGUCAGAAGAUAUGAAAUUGAGUUCGUAGUGAGAGAAGAAGAGAAUAUCAAAACAGCAUGUUAUGCG